UUGUACGUAAUUGUUUAACGAAAGCGGAAGUCUUUGCUUUUGUAGGGUAUGGGACAAUGAGUCCUGCAGGCUGCUGUCUUUCUUUCCCGAGUAGGUUUAUAGAGUACUUCUGAGAACACAGAAUCACGGAGAAGGAGAAACAUGGAGGUUCCCUGUUAUCUGCCCAAAUUGCUGUUUGAGCUCAAUGAGCAGCGAAAGCGAGACUUCUUCUGCGACUGCAGUAUCCUGGUGGAGGGGCGUGUAUUCAAAGCCCACCGUAACGUGCUGUUUGCUGGAAGCGGCUAUUUCCGGGCUCUUUUGGUUCACUACCUGCAGGACAGCGGACAGCGCUACAGCACAGCGUCGCUGGACAUCGUGACAGCCGACGCCUUCUCUGUCAUCCUCGACUUCCUCUAUUCUGGCCGCUUGGCUCUUAACAGCAACAACGUGAUUGAGGUGAUGUCAGCGGCUAGCUAUCUGCAGAUGACAGAGCUCGUGAACUUCUGUAAAGAGUACAUCCACUCAUCUUUGGAGAUUUGCAACAAGGAUAAGGAGAGGACCACGAAGAAAGAGAACCAGAAGGACAAUGAAGCAACUGGUCCCGCGGACAGCGGAACUCCUUCUGCAUCCGUCGCUGGGGGCACAGGUGUUACAGGGACAAGUCCAGAGGCUGCAGAAGUAGAUGGGGGGUCGGGUUUAGGUCCUGAGGAAGGGACUUCAACAAGUACCCCCUUGUCUACCGCAGUUGCCACCCCAGGAGGCUCAAGUAGAAACAUUGACAGCGCUUACUCCUCUAGGGAGGGGUUUCCAUCUGGGAGGGAAGACCAAAAGGGUCACAUGGAUCAGACUAAUCUCUCAUCCUCCUCAUCUUCUGCUUUGACCCCAGAGUUGGUGAACCCUAAAAUAGAGUAUGACCCUGAUGAGGAACUCAUAGAGUCCCCCGACACCAAAGACCUUGCGCCAUAUCCUGGGUCCUCUCUGCAUGGCACACACCAUAGCAGGUUACUUCAAAGUCCCUCAGCCUCCAAUGAGAGGUCCCCUUUAGGAUACAGCCCUUCAUUUAACACCCGACAGCUGAUGGAGAUUCUGUCCAGAGGUGAAGGCCCCCGAGGCCCCAGUCCUGUGGGGGACCGAGCAGGUCAGCGCUUCAACCAAGGACUUGGCAGCAGCACAGGAAGUAGCAGAAUGGAUGAAAGUUUGGGCUUUGUUGGGUCAUCUAUAAUGGAGAUCCAGUCUGAUUGGCUCGGAGAGGACACAGGCGAUGGCUUGGUCGUGCCAGUAAAACUCCACAAGUGCCCUUUCUGUCCAUACACUGCCAAGCAGAAAGGAAUCAUGAAGAGACACAUCCGCUGCCACACCGGAGAGAGGCCCUUCCCCUGUCCCAUGUGUGGCAAGAGGUUCACACGACAGGAGCAUCUCCGGACCCACGCCCUUAGUGUUCACAGGCACUACUGGCCAGUAUCAUGCAAGAGCUGCAGGCGAACGUUCACAGGGUCAAACGUCUCCCCGGGAUUGAGGCGUUUCGGUAUUUGCGACAGCUGCAACUGCGUGACCACCACUCAUGAAGAUUCUGCGCCCGCUGACCCGUCCAGCCAGCCAGAGCCCAUGGUGCGUGCGGAUGGGACCACAGACUGGUCAAGCUUUAUGGACGAUGUGGACGAGGUGGAGGUCGGCAGAGUGGAGGACUUGGUGGAGAAACAGAUGCUGGAAAGACAGCUUGCUGAAUGCUCUGAUGUCAGUCAUACACUGUGAAUUUUACCAUCAACGAGUAAUAAAACAUGGCCUCGUUGCACUUAUUAUUAUUGCAAAAUUAUUUAUUUAUUCACUCACUCACUCAUUUGUGUCCUGAAUUUCCGGUCCAAAGCUGCCUGUCAACGUGUGUCAGUGAUUAGCUAGUCGCAGGAAACCUGUCCGAAAUCAUGUGUAGCUGUAACUUUAAAUUUCAAAUGUGUACAGUGCCAACAAAGUAUUCACGGCUGUUUGCUUUUUCAGAACCUUCUGGAACUUGAAUAAUUAAACACGAUUUAAAAUGGAGUUGGAGCGUGCGCCUGUGUCUGCCUUGUCAUUAUGGAGAUUUGUUUGGCGCUUGAUAGAAAAGGAUCAUUUCACAAAUCUUGUUUAAAAUUCAGCACAUGGAUGCUUUUUUUUGCAUUGUACUUGGAUGUUAAGAAAUUUACAUUUCUCUCUGAGUUGCUGUACAGAGAAAUGGAAGAUUUUGUUCUUGUCCAGUAGGAUCGGGGUUGAGACGUCAAUCAUGAAUUCAAAUAAAUAAAUGUCUCUGAACA